UGUCGUGAGCGCGUCGCGAUCCUUCGGACGGCUCGCGACUUCUACACGUUCUCCUAUUGCUGUUAAUGCUGGAAGCGAAAGCGGUAGACUAGUACUGGAACAGAAUCAGAUGCAGAAGAAUCGCGUCGUAAUCUCCUUACGUUGUUCGAUAAGUAAAUGAAAUUACACAAUGGAUAAAUCAGACUCGAAAAAUGUGACACAGUGUAAUUUCAACAAUAACUAUAGGAAUACCAACAGCAGUAAUGAACAACGAAAACAACCGCAUGACGUGAUAGUGAAUAUUGACUCUGUUAAUCUUGGACCUAGAGAGGACGUUGCCUUCUCUAGAAAAAGCUUCGAAGACUUCCAGAAAGGCCUGUACGAGGCCGGUGACUGUGGAAAUAGUUUCGAAAAGCCAUCGUGGCUCAAUGCCGAACUUUACGAGAGGGGAAGAAAAGUACUUUGGGAUAACUUAUUUGUGGCAUUGUUCUGCCACCUGGCGAGUUUGGUAUUGGGCAUGUCCAGCGAGGUCCCAUACAAAGUGCUCCUUCACAAUGGACAGCAUUUCACUUUGAGGGCACUGGCCUGCCGCUACGUCUCAACUACGAAGCAGGUGCUGUCCUGGUAUCGGACCGAUGUUUUCGACCCAUCAUCAGAAGGACACCAGAGCGUCAAGCGAGUUCGCAAGAUGCACCUCGCUGCCAACCGUUACAUGGAGCGAUUGGAAACACGGCCCAAUGGGGAACGGUGGAUCAGUCAAUAUUGGAUGGCGUGCACGCAGAGCAGCUUCAUUCGGUUGAUGGUCAUGUACCCUCGCAAGGUUGGGCUUGGCCAUCUCAAAGAGAAGGACUUCGAGGGUAUUGUACACUAUUGGCGAUGUAUAGGCUACCUAAUGGGUAUCUCUGAUGAAUACAACACCUGCUCGGAGGGCCUUAAGGCAUUUCGUAUCUUCAACUCAAAUUUGUCCGAACGCGAGGUGAUACCGGCACUGCUUUCCUGCACUCGAGGGCAGAUGAAGCUGGGAGAAAGCGUCAUCGAAGCUUUACUCGCGGCGGCCCCAGGCCGCCUUAUUCCACUCACUUAUCCAGCAUUCAUCACGUUUUUUGCGCAAGUCUGCGGAAUCGACGGUAGCUAUCGUCUGACAAACGCUGACCGAUUUUGCUUGUGGGUUCUCAAGGCCGUCUUCCAAAGCUCACUACUAGGUUUCUCAUUCAUUCGUCAUCUAAUUCGUAAACGGAUUCUCGAACGAUUUGAGAGCGCUCAGGCAGCCAAUGUCAACGGAAUCUGCGAUGAUUUCAUUGAAGGCCUUGACGACCAGCAAAAGCCAGUAUGUCCCUUCAUCACAAAGCGACGUCAGUAAUAUGCGCGAACAUUUCAGUGAUCAAUGUAGAAGCGGGGAUAGAGAACCGGCGAACGGGGCGCAAAGCGAUUACUGUAACUUCGGCAAGCAGACGCACGCCUCCUCAUGUCAUCCCAGUUAGGGUUUAUAUAAAAACUUAUGUAUGCAUACCCGUAAAGCUAACGUACUUAUUCCAUCAGUCAUAGUCCGAUACUGUUUCUACAAAAGGUCCUAAAAAGAAACUCACUACUGGUUACUUUUCAAGUCGUUUAAGGGCCUUAAACAAACAGUCGACGAGGUUCUACAAUAGUUCAAUUACCCGUAGAGCUCUCUUGUAACCACAAAAUGGUGAUAAGUUAAAGAAGGUCAACUAGAGAACAGUUUGUAUGUUUGGUUGUUGUUCUAUUAUUAUCUAGCAUUGCUGUAAAUAAUAAUAUCAUAUUGACUGAAAUGACUUCCUAUACAUAUAUAUAUAUAUAUAUAUAUAAAAUGUACCUGCGUACACAUUGGAUGCUGCGUGUGCAUCUAGGAGACUAUUCAAAAUAGAACGACAUUACGCUGUUUACUGCUAUUUCUAGUAUUUUUACGACGAGCCGUGACUGUAUCAUCGCGUCAUAGAGUCUUUUGUGGUUAUAUUUGUUAUACGGUUACUCAUUUUCACUUGAGUGAAGUCUCGCUGAAUUUAGAAAUUCGUAUUUGGCACAAGACGCAUCUGAUGAGUACAAUUGCUUUGACGCUUCGCGACUGUCGAACAGUGUACAUACGAGAUAUAGUAUGUGUAUCAUCUCUUAUUAUGUGUAUGAAUGAAAUAUUAAGUUAUCAUAAGUUGAACAUGUAAUCGAGGCAUCGGUAUAUGCCAUGGCGGAAAACCGAUUUGUCCCACGUUACGAGUACUAGGUAAUAUUUAAACGAACCUGUACAAAACGAAUUGCACCUGUAUUCAUGAUUUGUUUGCUUUUCUAUUUAAUUGUACCGACAAUAGAUUGAAUUGGUUUUGGGACCAUAACCGCGUAGGUAUCGCAUUAGAGUACGGCGCGAUCGACAAAAUUGGUCUGUAACAAAAUCUAUAUAUAUUCUUCAUAAAUUCAAUGAGGUUACGAAUAAAGCUAAACUGCGUUAAAAUGGUUUAGAACGUAUACGAAA